AUGUACCUAUGCCUGGGACGGAAAUGUUGGAUGAGGAUGGCUGUAACGGGAAUCUUCAGAGUGAAAAGUCACCAAUGGGACGCGUUAAACAGGAAUGAAGCCCGAGCUCGGUCCUUGUUCGGUGUGAAACUCCACUUGGUGGCACCGAGAACUCCUUUGGCGGCGGCAGAUGAAGUCGAGGUUCAUAUCACGGCUGCCGACGAAGAUUCUCUCCUCAAUGCACAACUCCGAGCGGGUCAUCGCACUGUUUGGGAGGAAAAGAGGGACAGCCGGACAUGCGUAUAG